GGGCCGCCAUCGCACCGCCGCAGCCCGUGGAGGCUGAGCCAGGCCCCGGGGAGAGCUGUCGCUGCCCAAAUCCAUACCGCCGCCGCCGGAUUCGAGUCGCUGCCACCUGGAUCCACCACCAUCGUUGUCAUCGCCCUCAUCUCGCGCCGCCGCUGCCACUAGGUGAGCCUCGGCCCUUCCUCCUUUGCCAUCGCGCCGCUGCCGCCCGUGGAGGCCGAGCCAGCCCCGGGCACCUGUAAAAUGGAGCCCCCCCGCCUUCCUUCCUCCUUCCUGUACUACCAAUUGAGCUCCACUGCCACCAACCGAGGCAAAUUUUGCCGUUCCCCAUUUCUUCCCCGUCUCCGGCCACCUUCAAAUCCGCCGCCGCUGACCAUCUCCGACCUCUAGGAGCCCUUGGUGAGCACCGCUUCCCUCCCCUCUACCUCCUGCAUCCUUCAAUUCCUCCUCUCCAUUCCAGAGCCGAGCCAGCACCGAGAACCACCAUGGCCGCCGCCGCUGCUCACCGUCGCUGGCAUGCUCUAGACCUUCCCCGACCUAACCGAACCCUAUGUAAGCCCCAUCAGCACUCCCUAAAUCUUCCUAAUAUCUCCAGGGUGCUACCAGCAGAAGACGGGGAAGGCGCGACGCGGGUAGCAACGCACCCCGCUCCACCCCGGCUGUAGCGUCGUGUUCGGCCCCAAGCUCCAUGACUGGUCCAUCAAGAUCAACCGCAAGGAGAAGCGCCUAGCCAUCUCCACUGCGAUCGCCAGCGCCGCAGUGGCCGAGGAUGCCUUCGUCGUGGUGGAGUUCGACGAGGCGUUCGCGGCGGGGCCCGAGACCAGGGAGUUCGUAUCCGCUCUGCAGCGGUGGGGGCUCGACCCCAAGGAGAAGGCCAUGUUCUUUGCCAUGGUGUUCAACGACAAUGUGCACCUCAACGGCAGGAACAUCGGCUCCCUCAAGAUGCUCACCCCCAGGACGCUCAACCUGUAUGCCUUCGUCUUGGAGGAGUUUGACGAGGCGUUCGCGGCGGCGCCCAAGACCGGGGAGUUCGUGUCCGCUCUGCAGCGGUGGGGGCUCGACCCCAAGCAGAAGGCCAUGUUCUUUGCCACGGUGUUCGACGACAAUGUGCCCCUCAGCCCCAGAACGCUCAACCUGUACGACAUCCUCGACUCCCGCAAGCUCUUAUUCACCCCUGCCGCCAUCGACUACCUCAACUCCAGGUAUGGUGCCACCGUAUUCGAUGAGUACGAGAACGAUACUGAUGGUGAGGUUGACGGUGAAUAAGAAGUGGUGGAGGAGCCAGAAGAAGAAGCCACAACAGAGGAGGCUGCUCAAGAUUGGGCUGAAGAGAGCGAGGCAGACAGCCCUUCCUAGGUACAAGAGUGGUGUAGACCAUCGUAUUGUUGCUUUUUUGUUGUUAUGUUACUCUUUGGAUGAGAGUGAAUUGUUUGGGAAUUCCCAC